UUCCUCCUGAUUUGAGUGUAACAACAUCAACAAGUGUGAAGACUUGGAAAGACAAUCCAGUAAACUUAACAUGUUUAGCAGAUGCUAUUCCUAAUGCUACAAUUAGCUGGUGGUUGAGAAAUAACGAGAUUAGAAAGCAGAAUAAUUCUGCAUUCUACACCAUUCUUAGUACAGUUGCUAUUAGUAAGCUUUUGGUCAAACCAUCACUUACUCUACCAGGAGGUCGAGAUGUAUAUGGAACAUAUAAAUGUAAAGCUGAAAACAUGUAUGGUAUUGAUGAGAUUGAUAUAGAUCUAAAAGAAGCAUCAACUCCUGGACCAAUUCAGAAAAUACUGUUUGACAAAAUAACUGCAACAACAAUAGUGUUUAGUAUUGUUCCUCCUAUAGACGAUGGUGAGAUGCCAAUCAAAAAAUAUUUAAUGGAGUAUAAAGAAGACCAAAAAACAGAAAAUGAUAUAUAUAGUAAAGAAUGGAGUGAAGGACUUUCAUAUAUUGUUGAAAAUUUGGAACCAAGGACUUCAUAUCUCUUCCGGUUUUCUGCUAAAAAUGCAGUUGGUGUGGGACCCUGGAGUACUUGGCUGUCCAAAAAAAUGCCUCAGGAGUCAGUACCUGAUGCACCUUUCAUUAUUCAGCCAGGUGGAAACAUUAGCUAUUAUUCACAACACUAUGAAAUUCGCUGUAUUAUCCCUGCAGACAAUGGCAAGCACAUACUUUAUUUUGAGCUCAAAUACUUCAAGGUAAUGAACACAGGAAUAUAAUUAUGAAUCAGUUAU